AUGGCCGCAGAUCGUCUUAGCUCGCUCCUGAGUCACCUCAAGCCUGGCGCCGCCAGCGGCCUCAGCGCCAUCACCCAAAAGAACCCCGACGACGUCGUUAUCACACUAGCUCUCCGCACACCCCUCACCAAGGCACGCAAGGGCGGAUUCAAGGACACAGAGCUCGACUUCAUCGUCUACGCCCUUCUCAAGGAGACCCUGGCCAAGUCCCAGAUCGACCCAGCCCUGAUCGAAGAUGUCUGCCUCGGCAAUGUCAGCGAAGCCAAGGCCGCCUACAUGGUCCGCGCCGCCGCUUUAGCAGCCGGAAUCCCCCACACAGCCGGUGCCUCCUCAGUAAACCGCUUCUGCUCAUCAGGCCUGAAAGCCGUGCAAGAUAUUGCAAACCAGAUCUCGCUCGGUGCCAUCGACAUCGGAGUUGCCAUGGGCGCUGAGCUGAUGUCUGCCGCCGGCGACCGCCUCGAGAAGCCUUUCAGCGAGGAGGUCCUCCGUAACCAGGAAGCUGCUGAUUGCAUGCAGCCUAUGGGUCAGACUUCCGAGAAUGUUGGCAAGGACUUUGGUAUCCCGCGUGAGCAGCAGGACCGGUAUGCGGCUGAGUCAUUCCGUCGUGCUGAGGCUGCGCAGAAGGCUGGCUGGUUCGAUGACGAGAUUGCUCCUAUUACUGUUAAGGUGAAGGAUCCCAAGACUGGUGAAGUUAAGGAGGUUACUCUUACUCGGGACGAUGGUAUUCGUCCCGGUACCACUUUCGAGUCGCUGUCUAAGAUUCGUCCUGCGUUCCCGCAGUUUGGUGAUAAGUCUACUGGUGGAAACUCUAGUCAAGUUACCGAUGGUGCUGCCUCUGUUCUCCUGAUGCGCCGCUCAAAGGCUAUUGAGCUGAACCAGCCCAUCAUCGCCAAGUUCUGCGGCGCUACCGUCGCUGGUGUCCCCCCUCGUGUUAUGGGUAUUGGCCCGACUGCCGCUAUCCCCAAGCUCCUGAGCAAGUUCAACCUUGAUAAGAACGACAUUGACAUCUAUGAGAUCAACGAGGCUUUCGCUUCUAUGGCUGUUUACUGUGUCAAGACCCUUGGUCUUGACCAUGCCAAGGUUAACCCCCGCGGUGGUGCCAUUGCCCUUGGCCACCCCUUAGGCGCUACAGGUGCUCGUCAAAUCGCUACUAUCCUGAGCGAGGCCCGCCGGACCAAGAGCAAGAUUCUGGUUACUAGCAUGUGUAUUGGUACUGGACAGGGUAUGGCUGGUUUGUUCGUUAACGAGCAGGUCUAA